AUGCAUAAAAUAAGGAAGAAAAGGCAAAUAAUUUUUGGAAUAUUACAUAUCUUACUAAUAGCAAUGAAAAAGGCCAGUACUCAAGGCAUGCCGUAUGCCGAGAUUAUUAAAAUUCAUGAAAUUGAAAUUAUGUGUCAAAAUUCAAUACGUAUAGCAAUUUCUUUAAAGGGGGCGCUUAACCUACUUUACCCGUAUUUCAUAGAAGAAAAAUUAAUUAUGAAAGAGUAUUAUGAAAACUUAAAAAGCAAAGAAAACCAAGAAAAUUCUUUGGGAGGACUGCAUACUCCAAAAAAAUCUAUUAAUAUACUACCUAAUAUAGUGAAAAAAUUUAUGCCAAUAAAAAAGAAAAAGCGUUUAAUACUAGAAGAGUACUACAAUAUGUGCAACGCAGCCUUUCUAGACAUGUUUAUAUUUGAAAAUACUUCCGUGCCAAAUAUUGUGAAUUCAAAUUGUGAUAAACCCAGCAGUGCCCAUGUAGAAAAUACCGUUAUAGUUAUUAACAAGCGCAAAAAAUAUUCAUUUUCAAAUUUUCUUGCCGAAGAAAAAGUUGAAAAAUAUUCGAAUUAUAUUCUUGCUUCGCUGUUUCUUCUUUCUGAGGGAAUAAAAGUUCCAAUAAAAAUAUGUUCAUGCAAGAAAAAACAAGAAAUAAUUCUUAUUCUAACGAACUACCAAAAAACAAAACCAAUCUUUCAUAUUGAAAUAGACAGAACUUUAAAUAAGUACUUGCCGGAUGUAUCUAGAAUAUUCAGGCUAUUUAAAAAAUAUACAAAGAUCUGCAAGUUACUGAAGCCAGAACAGAGAAAAGAGCCAAGUACAUUUGAUGAAUUUAAAGCAAAUGAAUUUUUAGGCUCUCUAAGAUUUCUAAUAAGGAUGUAUAUAUAUAAAUUUUAUACAAACUGUGAUGAGCUUAAACUAUUUUAUAUUGAAGUAGACAGGAUUCUCUCGGAUAUUGUGAUUAAUACAAUGACUCUAACUAUACCUAUGGAUUCGUUUGCUAUAAAUCAAUGUGCAGACUCGCUGUUCACAGAACUAUUUGAAUUCACACUUGAUGGGUUCUAUAAGUCAGAGAAAGAAUUUGAAAAGAUAUAUAAAAAAGUGUAUGAGGAAGUUAAUAAUGAAGUUAAAGUAUAG